GUGACGAAGGAUUUCUUUGGCCGUAUAACGGAGAAGCGGAUAGCAUUGCCGGUGCAAGAGGGUGGACGUGAUCAAAUAGUGAAGAGUCCAAUUUGGUAUCGGUAUAAGGAAGGAUUCAACAAUGCCGUGCGCAAGGAUGUGACAUUGCAAAGUUUACUCUAAAUAGCCAUUCUAUAUCGUUUUGGGUAACGUGUCGACAAAUCCCCGACCAAUUAAAGUUUUCCAUAUUUAUUAUCUUUCGUUUAGCUCUAGUGGAUUUUCGCAACAACAAAAACAUAAAAACCGAAAACAACAGCAAAAAUCAAAAGACCUUGUGAACCUAAAUAAUAUUUUAAAUAAAAUUACGGAAAAUUAAAUAUAUUAUUCUAAUUGAAAUCAUUCGUUCUUGAAAGCAUCUAGACAUGAGUGUGCUAAACUAGGGUGGCUGAUGGAAGUGUUUUGCAUAGAAAGUGGAUCACACAAGUGCGGGCCUCUUCUCUCGCUUCAACUACCGUAUAAUUUCUGUGUGUGUUUUUUUUCUUCGCUAAAUGGAACAUAUUUAAUAACAAAUCGUAUAAUCAGAACACACGCUAUCCGUAUAAUUUUUUCUUGCUGGUUCUUUUUUUUGGCGUGGCGAAAAAGUUUUCGAUGAAAAGAGUAAUCACGUGGGAAAUUCAAUCCAAUUCCAAUUUACUCAUUUACAGCGUAAACGAUAUGAUACGAGUUGUUUACUUGGGCUGCAUUAUUAUUCUCAUUACGUUUCGUUCCGAAUAAAUGCACCACAAGCACCAGAGCAGUGGCAACAGUGAGUGGAGAGAGUGAGCGAGUGAAUUUGUUUAGCAUUGUUCGCCCGUGUGUGUAUGUGUUUGUGGUAUAUAUCGUGUUCGUUUUGCCAUUGGCUGCCAAACAAAACGAACAAGAGAAACAUCAAUUUCAAUUCCAACGUUGAAACUUCGUUGUUUGUAUCCAAUUCGUUAUUCGUUCCGUGUGUGUGUGUGUGUGUGUGUGUCAGUGUAUGUGCCCGUUCAUCUCCCUCACUCUCCUUCCCUCCUUUACCAUGUGCAAUUCCGAACGAGAGUUUAUACAUUCUGUUCAUUGUUUGGCCAAUAUAAAUAUUCAGUGCCAUAUGUGAGAAGCCAUGUGAUACACGACUCUCCAUAUCUCCAGUAGCACAGAUCCCAAUGUAAUAGCCGGGCAACAGCAGCAACUGUUCGUAUUCAAUUACCGCAAAAAUGGAAAAAGUUAAAUAGCAAAUUCCAUUUAAGAAACAACAAAUACACAUUUUUCUUUCACCACUCGGUUCUGUUCUGCUCUCUCUCUCCCCACCCAAUCGAUCCACUGCACAUCCAAUGGUGGAUUCACGAUUCGAGAGAAAUGAAUGUGCAACUGUACUCCAUUUUUCAGUAUAUUACUUUUCUCACUGUCUCUCUCUCGCUCACUUACUCGCAUUCGCUCGAAGUUUUCAAUUCAAUUUCAAACUCUUUUGCUCUGAAUCGUAUCGUUCCUCCAUUUUCACGAUUUCUUUUCUUCUCUUGAGGAUUCAUUUAAAUUCCAUUCUUUGUUCGGCGUAAUCGAUGCAGAAUGGCUGUACUUGGCGUCCAACCCAUUACUUGCAAAUUGAGACUCAACACUAUAACUACGGGCACGGCCGACCUGCGAUAUGGAUGAUGAUGAUGAUGAUGACUUGAUUGUUGAUUAAAAAUGCAAGGACUAUGGAUGCAGUGCCAAGAAGUUGAAGCAUCAAUACACAACAUAGUUAUCUAAUCAUGGAACUGAAUUGACAAAAUGCUUAACGAUCACCGGAAUCACAUUUCGAAACCAAUGAAUGAUUAAAGACGUCCGUAAUGAGAAAAACGAUAAAAUAAAAGAUUUAAAUGUUUCCGAAUCCAAAUGAAUCAAUUUAGCAACAGCAGCAGCAGCAGCAGCAGCAGCGGCACCGACAAAACGCAGCAGCGCGCUAUUCAUUCGACAGCUAAACAUAAAUUGAAUGUGAAAAGCCAGAGGGAGAGAUUUAGUUCAGUAUGAAUGGAAGUCGAAUACAAAAAUGCGGAAAAGCGGUGCAAAAUCUAAUGGAAGUAAAUGAAACGAAAUGGAAUGUGCACGUAAAUAAAAAUAUCGACCGAAACCGGAGAUCAAGUAUCGUCUUUACAUUUUUGCAGUCACAUCUGCAAGCGCUGUUUUAUACAAUAAACGAGGAUGCGAUUGAGAGGUUUGAGGCGAGAGGUGAAUUUGAUAACACAACACAGUACAAUAGACGCGCAAAGCACAUAGUAUACAUUUCCACCGACCAAAAAAUCAAGUAAUAUAUACAGGAGAUGCUGUUACCACGUACAAUGAAAUCUUUUAUACGAUUUUGGUGGUUCUAAUCGCUUUGUUUUUAUUUCACUCUCUCUAAAUGGCGUCCGGAAGUAUAUUCCGAAUGCUUAGUUGUGCUAUUCAAUGUGUUAUAACAUUACAUCUUCGAAUAUUGAGUUACUCAAAAGCGUUUUGUGCUGUACGAUUACACAGCGCGCUCACACACGGAAUCAGUUUGAGCGAUAAUAAUUUUCGGCUUUUCCGGUGCUGCUCAUGGUCGGUGUGUGUGUGCGUGUUGUGCAGCACUCACUUCGGUCGACGAUUUCCAUUGGGAAGUGAAAUCGCAACGCGCUAAAUGUGAUUCUCAUACAAGAUGAGCGUGAAUUGUAGUCAGUGAGCAAAAGGAAAAAAGAGUCAAUUCAAGCGGAUUACAGAAGCGAUUUUGAUUUGAAUAAAUUACGUGUAAAGUGUGUGCGAGCAAAGGAAUCAACGAGCAAGUGACAGAUACACAGCACCAGCAACAAUGUGGUACAAUUCGAGUCAUCAAGGUUGGGGUAGCAAAGCCGUUGGUCGAAAUACAUCAAUCGUUGAUGCUGAUGUAACCCCAUCGUCGCCGAUCAAACCAAGCGCUGGCCGCAUUAUACGCAUCGUUAAUAAUAUGGAUCAAAGUGUACAGUGUCGUGUAUUGCUCAAUCUACGCACAUCACAGCCAUUUGAGGAGGUGCUCGAGGACUUGGGUCAAGUGUUAAAAAUGAGUGGUACCAAGCGGAUGUAUACAUCGGAUGGUGAAGAAGUGUAUAGUUUUUCACAGCUACGCAAUGAAUACGCCGAUGUGGAGACAUUCUACCUGGACUCCGGUGCCCGUGCCAUUUCGCCAAUUUCAAUGAUUCCAGCUGCCUCACCAUUGCGACGAUCUCGAUCCAGCAAUGGCAUCAUGAACACAGUCAUACAAAAUGAUGCGCCAGUUCGGCAGCGCGCACGAAGCAAAAGCCGUCCUCGUACUCUCUACGCCACAGAAAGUAUGGAAAGUCGGCCGGUGAAUGGAGACUAUUCAUCAUCCGAUUACGUUAAGGAAGAACCAAUCAAGCUAAGCAUUCGCGGUCUGAGACGAACAUUUUAUCCACCAAAUCAGCAUGUAGUAAUUGAUAAUUCGCCACCAGACAAGAAAUUGAAAUUACAAUGGGUUCAUGGCUAUCGAGGUCGCGAUACCACAAAAAAUCUGUGGGUACUACCAUCGGGCGAAAUGCUUUACUAUGUAGCUGCCGUUGCAAUACUAUAUGAUCGCGACGAAGGAACGCAACGCCACUACACUGGACACACCGAAGACAUAAUGACAAUGGACGUUCAUCCAUCACGAGAAUUGGUUGCAUCAGGUCAACGUGCCGGUGCCGAUCGAAAGUCACAAGCGCACGUUCGCAUUUGGAGUACGGAUUCAUUGCAAACACUUUACGUUUUUGGAAUGGGUGAAUUAAUUGGUGGCGUGACUUCGGUCGCAUUCUCUCAGCUGAAUGGCGGUAGUUACAUAUUGGCCACAGAUGCAAGUGCAGAUUCGAUACUGAGCGUUUGGCAAUGGCAAUGGGGUCAUCUAUUAGGAAAAGUUGCCACGUUACAAGAGGAGCUGCUGGGUGCUGUAUUUCAUCCAUUGGACGAUAAUCUAAUAAUAACAUAUGGCCGUGGCCAUUUAGCGUUCUGGCAUCGCCGAAAGGAUGGCUGCUUCGAACGCACCGACAUGAUUAAACAGCCGAAUCGAACCUGUAUCACCAGCAUUCAAUUCGAAGCUGAAGGUGAUGUUAUUACCGCGGACAGCGAUGGUUUCAUUUCCGUUUAUAGCGUUGAUGCCGAAGGAAUGUACUUUAUUCGUAUGGAAUUUGAGGCACACAUGAAGGAUAUUGGCUGCUUGUACAUGCUACCUGAUGGAACAUUGCUGUCGGGCGGUGAAAAAGAUCGCAAAAUUGCCGCUUGGGACUCAUUACAAAAUUACAAACAUAUCGCCGAUACAAAAUUACCCGAAUCAGCUGGUGGUAUUCGUACGAUUUUCCCGCAACGGCUGGGACGAGAUGAUGGCAACAUUUAUGUGGGAACAACGAAAAAUAAUAUUGUCGAAGGUUCCCUGCAAAGACGUUUCAACGAAGUGAUUUUCGGUCAUGGACGCCAAUUAUGGGGCUUAGCUGUACAUCCAGAAGAUGAAUUGUUUGCAACGGCUGGCAUGGACAAAACAAUUGUGCUGUGGCGAAAACAUAAGCUCAUUUGGAUGGUGGGCGUUGAUUUUGAAUGCAUUUCACUUGCCUUCCAUCCAUUCGGAAGUGCUUUGGCAGUCGGUACGACAGCAGGUCAUUUACUGAUUUUGAGCGUUGAAAGUGGCGAAACGGUAGCAACUGUUCGUGUUUGUGCGGCUCCCUUGAAUUGCAUCGCUUUCAAUCAAGUGGGGGAUCUCAUUGCAAUGGGAUCCGAAAAUGGAUGCAUCUAUCUGUUCCGUGUCACACGAGACGGCUUCAAUUACAAAAGGCAAAGCAAAAUCCGAGGAACACAACCACUGCAGCACUUGGACUGGAGUGUUGAUGGCUUCUUCUUGCAAACUGUUACCGUUGAUUUUGAUUUACUUUUCUGGGAUACACGUUCAUUAUCACCCGAACGAAGUCCAAUUCUGAUGAGAGACGUGAAAUGGUUAACACACAAUUGUACGGUUGGCUUUUUGGUGGCUGGAAUGUGGAACAAUCGAUUCUAUUCAACGCAAUCGGCCAAAAUAACGACGUGCAAUCGUUCCGCUGGAAUGGAUAUGCUGGCAUCCGGAGAUUCCGAAGGUCAUGUGCGACUAUUUAAGUACCCAUGCAUCAGUCCACGAAGUGAAUACUACGAGACGAAAGUGUAUUCCGGCGUGAUUGGUUGUGUGCGAUUCUUGUACGGUGACAAUUCAUUGGUGACGGUCGGCGGCACCGAUGCCAGUCUAAUGAUCUGGGAUCUUGUCGACGAAUGAAUCGAACGCUAAUUUUACACAGAAAACAAAACAUUUUAUUGGUGAAUAUUAAAUUUAAUUGGACAAUUUGGUCAGGUAUCGUUGUCGAAUUGUGAUUUAGCCAAUGUCAAGAGCAGGCCUGAUAAUCACGAUUCCAAGAAUCACCGGCAAAAAUUUUGAAUAUAUCAGACAAAAAAAUUACAUCAGAAUACAAAUCAUAAUGUUAAGAUCGAUGAAGAGAAGAAGAAAAAAACAAACAAAAAAAUUCUUUUUUAUAUUAACUUACACUAAUUUGAUACAAAUGUAAACGAACUCAAAGGAAUGAAUUGAUUUCGGUUCCAUGUUUCGUAAAAACCCGUUUUUAAUGCGAAUUUCCUUUCAUUUGGGUACCCCUCCCUCAGAAGAUGCAACUCCAAGCAAUUAAGUAUCAAAAAAAUCUAUUUGCACUCAAUCAUUGUGUACUCUGUUCUCUAUUUACUGAUGUUGUUUCACAUUCAUUUAUGUUUAAAAAAGCAAAACUGAACGGAUAGCUUUAACUAGUUUAUUGAUUUGUUGAACAGAAAAUACUGUGUGUCCUUCAAAAGAAAACUUUUUUUUCGUAAAUGUGCUCGUCAUACUUCUUCCAUUUGUAAUUAUUCGUUCGCUAAAAGUGCAACACCAAGGGAUGAUGAAGCAUUUUAUUUUGAUUUGUUGACAUUUUUUUCGUUUCGGUGACCAAAAAGCACGCAAACUUUUCCCCAGAAAUGCUUCAUUUCCAAAAAGCACAAACAAACAAACAAAUAGAAAGAAAAAUGCAUAUAAUUUGUCAUCCGUGUACUUGAACCAUUUGAAAUGUGGUAUCCACCAUUCUCCAUAUCGGAUUGUACAGUGUACACAUCGCAAAUACUAAUUUAAGCCAAAAAUUUGUUUACUCAUUUCAAAGCAGAAAAUGUUCGCAAGAAUGUGUUUGCUCAAAAACGAAAAUUCGUCGGUUAAUUUGAUUCAAAGCGUUUACAUAAGCGAUUUUAGCUUAAUUCAGUUUUCGGAAUUACAUUUUAAAACACACACAAACGGGGCAAAAUGUGUAUUUGUUUUAAUGUUUUGAAAUCGUUUGAAAAUUUCCGACGAAAAACAUACCAGAUAUGAUUUAUGUGCACAUCACUCUCUGGCGCUUUGAAGUAAAAGAAAACACAUAGAUUUAAUUUCAGGCAAAUUUCCAGUAUAAUUUGCUCCAUUUACGCGCGCUUGUGACUUUGUUGGAAUUGAAUUCGAGCGAAACAUCAUCGCAUUUACUUCAAUAAAUGAAUUAAUCGAUUUUUCUUCGUCCAUGUUGUUUCAUGUGCUUUCGCUCUGCGUUGAGAUACUCCAGUGUUUUAUCAAUGUUUGAGUUUCGGUUCUCUGGGCCCUCUCUCUCUCUCUAUCUCUCUCCCUCUCUCUUCAUCUUCUGCAUCAAACUUCCCCAUGCCGAAUGUCGGUUAAGCAAAUAGAUUUUGUGUGAAGCAAAAUGUUUCCAAUCAAAAGAGAGUUUAGUGUGUAUGGUUUUUAUUUUUUGUUGAUUCGUUCUAUAUAGAUUUUAUUACGUUACUCUUAGUAAAUAGAAUGCAUUACAAUAAUUAUUUUAUACAUCGUACAUUCAGUGGAAUUGGCACAAGUAUUCAUUGUAAUCGUGGCAUUCGAACGCAUCACGAUUUUGACCAAUUUUACUCAAAAACUAAUCGAAAUAAACCGAAAGGAAAAGAAAAUUGGCAUUACCAUUAUUUUUUUAUCGGGUCUGUAGCGACUAUAUCAGUUUGGUUUCAAAUAACUUUUGUUUUAGAGAAUAUGAUAAUAUCUUUAGUUUGUAAAACUAUUGUAAUUGCUAUGAAAUACCACUAAAAAACCAAUGCUGUCCGAAUAAAGCAGAUACAUUUUUUUGGUUAAUCUAAAACUGAA